CGACGACCUCAGUUCCUAGCAGUCAUGGUAACGACACAUGGGAGCAGCUGUCUCGGGCGAAAGCUAGAGGAGCAGAGUACAACUCCAAUGAACGCCGACCAUUCUCUCAGUGUCUACCGGGGACGCGGCAAGAGCUCUUAGGCAGGUUGCAUGAUAUGGUGACGGAAGAAGACAACCGGAUCGUCUGGCUCUUUGGAGAGUCAGGUUCGGGGAAGUCGAGUGUUGCGUACACACUGGCUAAGCAGCUAAGCGCGCAGGACAAGCUUGCCGCAACGUUCUUCUUCUCACGGACACAUGCCGAUCGGAGCGAUACCAGUCUUGUGUUCCUCACCCUUGCGUACCAGAUCGGUCUUCUUCAUCCCAGGGCGAAAGAUAUCAUUGCCAAAGCCAUUAACAAUGAUCCGGAGCUCCUAUCUAGCGCGAAGUGCCGAUCAGACCAGUUCGAGCAUCUGGUUAAGGCGCCGUUGAAGAGCCUGCGGCUGGUCUGGGAAACACCCAGAAAAAUCGUAUUAGAUGCCAUCGACGAAGGAGUAACGAGCGACAGGGCCUCCCUCGAACCGCUCAUUCUCGCCAUGAACGACCUCAUUCACGACCCUAGCAUACCAAUCUCUCAUGUUCUCGUGACGAGUCGGCCUUCCCCUUUGCUUGACACUUUGUUACGGAGGUUGACUGCCGAGGGCUCAGUCCAAUCACUCAACAUACAGCAUUUCGACUCCCAUCACGACGUGGAACUCUUCCUGCGACACUCUUUUGACGAAAUUUACGACAUGCGCGACAUUUCCUUCCUCCACGAGAAACCAUGGCCUUCUUCGAGAGUCAUUAGCUCCUUAUCCUGUCGCAUCAAGGGAAGAUUUAUUGUUGCUGCAACAGUCGUCAGGCUGAUCAGCAAGUCCGAAAGCCCGGGCGACUGCCUUGACUUGAUCUCGAAGAUGUAUGAUGGGAAUGUCGAUACUGUUGACCUUGACCUCGGUGAUAUUGACUCUAUCUAUCGCUAUGUGCUUUCCUCUUGCGAAGAACACAACCAGCGAUCAGGAGUAGAGCAUUUAUCCGACAUCAUGGUGUUGGCAAAACCAUUGACACUUCCGGACAUCUGCGCACUGUCUGGCGUGGACAUUUCGAAACACAUCGUACACCUCUCGGCUAUCGUCGUUCUGCCUCCCAUGUACUCCCUGAUGACCGUGCAGGUGUAUCAUUCGUCUCUUCAGGACUAUCUAUGGGAUAAAUCUAGGUCUGGCGACUUCCACGUCUCUCCGCUUAGCUCGCACGACCGUCUGGCUGGCUGGUGCUUCCAGCUCAUAAAGCGGAAGCUAAAAGGCGACGAGACCAAGGUCCAAGCAGUUGAAGACGCAAAGCAGAUCAAAACCCCUCUUCGAUAUGCUAUGUCGUAUUGGUGCUACCAUCUACAACGCUCAGAACCGAGCCGGAGAGUCCGAGCUCUUACUCACGACUUUGUGAAGAAUCGAGCGGUCCUAUUCCUGGAGACAGCUGCCGCUUUGGGACAAUUUGCCGAAGCGAUGUAUUGUCUCAUCCAUGCUUGGUUUGUUAUCAGCAGAUGGAAGCCCUUCUUAAACCAGGACGAGAUAUUGGCUGGGUUGGAAGUGCAUUGGAGAGCUUAUAACCACUACCUCGCAGAAAGAUCAAGAGCACCAGGCGGAUCCUCGAAGGGUCCCACACGUGCUAGAUCGGGCUCUACCGGCACCAAGCACGUCUCAGCAGUGGUAGAGCUGGAGACGGGGGGUCAAACAGCGGCUCACUCUCAGCCUCCUUCCGCAGGAAUCAUGCCCACCGCUGACUUGACCAUGUUACCGGAAGUCUCCAGUUGGCCGUAUUUCAGAAGUUUCUGAGGGUUUCAAAUUUUCUGUCAGUAUGUUAUAUGUUGUCGAAGUUGCUAAACCGUAUGUAAGACGAGCCACGCUGGCGCUGAUACCCUUU